GAUUCGAGGCUUCAACACAUUUUUUGUGGGAUGAGCCCUUAAGAUAGAUAGAAUUCAACGCUGCUACGCAAUUAUGGCGGCCACCCAUGAGUAAGUCAAGAACUCAAAAAUCGUGGAAAAACUCUUCAAAAUGUUAACGUGCGUCACUAUACCAUGUGCCCGUCUGACAAUACAAUGGAUUCACGAAUCUCGUGUGAAUCAUUCAAUUCUACGAUUGCUAUAAGAUCCUAUAAAUUUAGAUGCUUCUCUGCAUGCCAUGUCAAAACUAAAGCUAGUUUUUUGCUGUGAUAAAAACAAAAAUAGAAUAAAUCUCGAUUCGGAGCAAACAUACCAUUUAAUAUAUAACGUUUUAAGUUAUCUAUUAAUAUAUAGAUAGUCAUAUGGCUUCCCUGCCUGUCGUUGUCGGUGAUAAUAUGGAUUGGAAGAAAGGUGAAAGAAAUGCUCCAUAUGGACAUAAGUUGUCACCAGUGUUGAGUUACAUUGGUUUUGAGCUGGAAACUGUGACACCCACAUGCAUUCAAGGUCGUUUUGUGGUCUCUGAAAGGUCUGCUCAGGCAUAUGGAGUGCUCCAUGGAGGUAUAUCAGCCUUUAUUGCGGAGAGUCUUGGAAGUUUCGGCGCUAGCUUGGCCUCUGGGCUCCAAAAAGUCGCAGGAGUAGAACUUAGCAUCAGCCAUCUUCAGCCUGGAUAUAUUGGUCUUGAAAUUGUAGCAACAGCAACUCCAAUUCAUAUUGGACGCAGGUUACAUGUUUGGGAGAUUAAAUUUACCUCUGCCGCGAGUUCGCCAAAUGGGUCUUCUAAAACACCAGAGCCAGGUUUGAUUGCAGUAUCAAAGUUAACAGUAACUCUGCUACCUUCUCAUUCUGCAACAAAAUCUGAAGAUGACAAAAGGAUUUCUUCUAAACUUUAGUUACUCUGAAUUUCCCUAAAGAUUUUGGGUAUAAAUAGGAAAUCCUUAGAGUCUUUGCCCUCGGAAAAAGAAGCCCUUGACAUGGAAACUAAUAUAAAAUUGUGUUUUGUUGAAAAUUGUAUACAACUAUAAAAAAUAUAUAUAAUAUGGGCUUCUCUUUCUUUUA